AUGAACCCGGCCACGCUGCUGGCUGUGAGGCCCAUGCACCCGCCCGCCUUUGAGACGAUCCCGGAGCUUGCCCCGGUCCUUGAAUACGCCAGCGGCGGCGCUAACACGACCAACAAUUACCGUUCCCCUUUGUCCUCCUUGUCCUCCUUCUCUCCUGCACGCAACAGCAGCACAUUCGCACUGCAUCUUCAGAACGACGUCGACGAGGACACGCGCGUCGAGAAACGCUCCUCGUUGUCGUCUGCCGGACCAGCGCCGUCGCUCGCCCGGUCGCAGCCCCCGCAGCUCCCGCCGCUCAACACCGGGCUUCCCCUUUCGGCGUAUCCCAUGUACCCCGGACUGCAGACUUCUCGGGGCACCGCCGCCAUGGCCAGCACGAGCACCGCAACCACCGCAACCACCACCACCAGCGUGCCAUCUACAACUACCACAGUCAUGACUACCACCACCACAGCAGCCGGCCGCCGAGGGCAGACGCCGAGGCCGCUCAACCGCCCACGCAAGAUAUCUACGUCCCACGCACGCGACAGUUCCUUCGUACCUACGAGAACUUCCUCCUCUUCCUACGAGACGCCGCCUUCACCGCAGCACUACACGGCCCCGUACCAGUCACCAACCACCGCCGGCUCGCCCACCACGUCCCUGAUCCCCCGCCCCCGGCAGAGGCCCGCACCGACGUCCCCCAACGAGCUCUUCGGCACGCUCCCCGGCGAGGUGCUCGAUGUCAUCCUCGAGUGGCUCCAGGCCCUGCACCUCGACCCCCCGUCACCCUCAUCCUCCUCCGGUGGCGGCCCCCGCAGCUGCGCGACCUGCUGGGCGCGCGACCUCUGCAGCCUCAGCCUCGCCUCCCGCCGGUGGUCCGCGCCCGCCCGCGCCGCGCUCUACCGCGACGUGCAGCUCGUCGGGCCCGACUCCGCCGCGCACCGCAAGCGCUUCCGCCUCGCCCAGGGCUGCCGCAUGACGCUGCUGCGGCGCACCCUCCGCGCCAACCCGGGCCUCGCCGCGACCGUCCGCUCCCUGCGCGUGCCCGCGCCCACCGGCGAGACCUGCGACGACAAGCCCGCGGCGGCGGGCGGGAUGUCGCCGCGGGAGGCGUACGAGAGUCGCGUCGCGGCGCUGGUCAUGGCCUGCCCGAACUUGGAGGUGCUGGCGGGCCCGGCGGUCGCUGCGUACGAGCACGGCCGGUUCGACCGCAUCACGCACGCCUUGUCAACGCGGACGAAGCUGAAGACGAUGAACUGGCGCAUCGGGCCGACCACGACCACCACCGGCGGCCGCUCGCCGUCUAAGCCGGACCCCUCGUCCUCGCGCCGCGGCGGCGGCAACGGCGUCUUCGCCUCCGCGCUCGCCGCGAUGCUGCCCCCGGCACCGCCGCCGCCCCUCGACGCCGCGCAGGAGACCGCCUUCCUCGGCUGCCACCGCGCCUGGACUUCGCUGACCAGCCUGUCCGUGCACUGCCUGCCCGGCGCGCCCCUCGCGCCCGCCACGCUGCUGCAGCGCGCGCUCACCUGCCUCCCCGGCCUGCGCCACCUGCACCUGUGCGGCCUGCCCGCCGACGCCUUCUCCGACGCCGCGCUGCUCGCCCUGCCCGAGCUGCGCUCGCUCACCCUCUCGCACGUGCCGGGAGUCAGCUCCCGCGGGCUGUCCGCGUUCGCGACCCGGCCCAACAGCCGCGGCCUGCGCGUGCUGCGCCUGCGCCACGCGCCGCUGACGUCCCUCCCGGCGCUCGCGAGGCUGCUCUCGCACCUGCCGCGCCUGGAGGACCUCGCGGUCGUGCAGGACUUUGCGCCGCUGAUGCCCUCGGAGGAUGCGGAUGGCGGCGGGGCGUUUGCGCUGUGGAUGAUGCCGUACCUGGCGAGUCGCACGCUGGUGCGCCUGCACUGGGACGUGGCGGCCGGCACGGGCGAGGUCAGCGACGCGGACGACAUACUGGCGCGCAGCGUCGAGGCCGGCGGGUUCCCCGCGUUGCGAGCGCUGCGCGCCCCGAGCGACCCGGGCGGCAUCUUCCAGCAACUCUGCCGGCCGCUCGAGGUGGUCGCCACGUCGGCGGACCGCAUCUGGGCCAACGGCGGGCGCUGCGGCAGCAGCCACGGGCGGUCGGCCAGCGUGAGCAGCGGCGGCGGCAGCGGCAGCGGCGGCUUCUUCGGACAUCACCCGUCCAAGCUGCCCAAGUCCGCGACCGCGCCCUCGCUACCAUCUUCCUCCUCGGACCCGUUCGGGGCCGCGGCCCCGCACGAGCCCCACGCCACGGACCUCCGCGCCGCUCGUAUCGCCGCCCAAGCCCGCCUGGACGACGCGCGGCCGCGCCACCGCUUCCGCGUCCAGGUGCACUCCCAAGAGGGCCUGCUGGUCGACGACUUUGGCCUCGCCGGCUACGUCGGCACCGUCGGCAGCCCCAUCCGCUACUGCCUGUCGCCCGAUCCGGGCGCGACCGACGCCCGCGGCGGCCUCGUCGACGUCUCGCACCUCACGAGCCCCGGCGGCGAGCUCCCGUCGUGCGACGGGGAUGACGAGGCUGGCGGCGGCGUGGCGGCGGCUGGGUGCACCGGGAGCUGGAACUGGCGCGAGGGCGUGGUCGUCGCGGACAGGAAGGAGAAGGAGACUUGGUGGCACACGGAGCGCGGACGGUGGGUUCGUCCUCGGCUCGACUGA